AUGGGGGAGGGGGGAUCGCCGGGCGGCGGGGGUGGUGGGGGCAGCGGCGGCGGCGGGGCGCGGCUGUCACACACGUCGGAGAAGCACCCGCGCGCCAUCCUGGGCGAGCUGUCGGCGCUGCGGCGGCACCGCGAGCUGUGCGACGUGGUGCUGAACGUGGCCAGCCGCAAGCUGUUCGCGCACCGCGUCAUCCUGUCCGCCUGCAGCCCCUACUUCCGCGCCAUGUUCACGGGCGAGCUGGCCGAGUCGCGCGCCACCGAGGUCACCAUCCGCGACGUGGACGAGAGCGCCAUGGAGCAGCUCGUCGAGUUCUGCUACACUGCGCACAUCGUCGUCGAGGAGAGCAACGUGCAGGCGCUGCUGCCUGCCGCCUGCCUGCUGCAGCUGGCCGAGAUCCAGGACGUGUGCUGCGAGUUCCUCAAGCGCCAGCUCGACUGCUCCAACUGCCUCGGCAUCCGCGCCUUCGCCGACACGCACUCGUGCCGCGACCUGCUGCGCAUCGCCGACAAGUUCACGCAACAGAAUUUCCCAGAGGUGAUGGAGAGCGAGGAGUUCCUGCUGCUGCCCGCCGCGCAGCUCAUAGACAUCGUCGCCUCGGACGAGCUCAACGUGCGCUCCGAGGAGCAGACCUUCCAGGCGGUCAUGUCCUGGGUCAAGUACAACGUGGCCGAGCGCCGCCAGCACCUCGCGCAGGUGCUGCAGCACGUGCGGCUGCCGCUGCUCAGCCCCAAGUUCCUCGUGGGCACCGUGUCCUCCGAGCUGCUCAUCCGCUCCGACGACGCCUGCCGUGACCUGCUGGACGAGGCCAAGAACUAUCUGCUGCUGCCGCAGGAGCGCCCGCUCAUGCAGGGGCCCCGCACCCGCCCCAGGAAGCCCACCAGAAGAGGUGAGGUGUUGUUCGCGGUGGGCGGGUGGUGCUCGGGCGACGCCAUCGCAUCGGUAGAGCGCUUCGACCCGCAGACGGCCGAGUGGAAGAUGGUGGCGCCGAUGUCGAAGCGGCGCUGCGGCGUGGGUGUGGCCGUGCUGCACGACCUUCUGUACGCCGUGGGCGGCCACGACGGCCAGAGCUACCUCAACAGUAUCGAACGCUACGACCCGCAGACCAACCAGUGGUGCGGCGCCGUCGCGCCCACGUCCUCGUGCCGCACGUCCGUGGGCGUGGCCGUGCUGGACGGCGCGCUGUACGCCGUCGGCGGCCAGGACGGCGUGCAGUGCCUCAACCACGUGGAGCGCUACGACCCCAAGGAGAACCGCUGGAGCAAGGUGGCGCCGAUGACGACGCGGCGGCUGGGUGUGGCGGUGGCGGUGCUGGGCGGGCAGCUGUACGCGGUGGGUGGGUCGGACGGGCAGGCGCCGCUCAACACGGUGGAGCGGUACGACCCGCGCGCCAACAAGUGGUGCGCGGUGGCGCCCAUGUCGACGCGGCGCAAGCACCUGGGCUGCGCGGUGUUCGACGGCCAGAUCUACGCGGUGGGCGGGCGCGACGACUGCACCGAGCUCAGCUCGGCGGAGCGGUACGAGCCGAGCGCGGACGCGUGGGCGCCCGUCGUCGCCAUGACCUCGCGCCGCUCCGGCGUCGGCCUGGCCGUCGUCAACGACCAGCUGUACGCCGUCGGCGGCUUCGACGGCACCGCUUACCUCAAGUCCAUAGAGGUGUUCGACCCGGAGUCGAACCAGUGGCGGCUGUGCGGCGCCAUGAACUACCGGCGGCUCGGCGGCGGCGUCGGCGUCAUGCGCGCGCCGCACCACGACGCACAUUACAUAUGGAAUCGCAAAGACUCGGUGGUGUGAAGGAUGUAUCGGAAAUCGACGGUCGUUACUCAUGUAAUUUUAUUGUUAAAUCGAUAAUGACAAACCAGACGAACUGAAAACUGCUCGGCCGAAUCUCAAAUUUUGUAAAUUCUAAUAUGUAACCGCAGGUCGAGGGGCUCUCAGCUCGUCUCGUUUCACUUGCCUUAGGUAUGUUAUAUUAAUUAAUUAUUUAUAAAUAAAUACAAAUUUUAGAAUAUUA